GAUGGGCUGCGGGGUCGUGACGUCACGAUAGACGGGGAAAAAUUGACAGAGGGGAGGAACCGAGUCCACGGAAAGCAGAAUCAAAACAACGAGACACGCCUUCUAAUCCUUGCUACUGGUGCAGCCACCCUCUGUACAUGGGCAGCGGGCAUCUAACGUGCUAGCACUGCACCGAACCGUACAAGGCGGCCACACACCCCCUUCAUAUACUUUCUUCUCCUCCGCCUGCAGCCCGGGCACCAUGCAGGCCGUCGGGGCGAAUAGCUGAAGGCGUGUCUGAGGAGAAGUAGGAGCUGUGUGCGCAAUGCCUAACGUGAAGAAUAGCAAGGGCAAGAAGAACAAGCGCGCUAACAGCAGCGGAGAUGAGCAGGAAAAUGGAGCCAUGGCAGCGGCUGCGGGAGGAGGAGGCGGAGGAGGUAUGGCAGCGGCCACAGCGGGAGCCACAGCUGCAUCGGUCACUCUGCUGGCUGCAGCCUCCGCGGUAGUGCCGGUGGCAUCGGCCGCACCUUCCUGUGACAACAAGAAUGAAGCAACUUGUGCUACACCAUUGAUUUGUAGUAUAGGCAGAGCUAUUGAUCUGGAGAAGGACGACUACCAGAAAGUGGUCUGUAACAAUGAACACUGUCCAUAUAGUACCUGGAUGCAUCUGCAGUGCUUUUAUGAAUGGGAAAGCAGCAUACUUGUCCAGUUCAACUGUAUAGGUCGCGCACGAAGCUGGAAUGAAAAGCAGUGCCGGCAGAACAUGUGGACUAAAAAAGGAUAUGAUCUGGCUUUCCGCUUUUGCUCGUGCCGUUGUGGUCAGGGUCACUUGAAGAAGGACACAGACUGGUAUCAGGUAAAACGAAUGCAAGACGACAAGAAGAAAAAAUCUGUACCUGAAAAGCCAACAGGCCGAUCUGUAUCCGAGUCUUCUGAUGAUGGAAAAAAGUGCCGUGCUACAACAAAGCUCCAGAAAGGAUUGUCCUUUGACCCUCCUCGAAGACAUUCGGUGGACAGACAGAACUCCCAAGAAAAGGGUAGCGGUGGAGGAUCACAUGGUCUGCGUUCUCCUUGUGUUUCUCCUGGCCAGUCUCCUCCCGCUGGCUACCCCAUCCUUUCUCCUUCUCACUUCAAUGUUCCUCGCAGUUCUAGAUAUUUAGGAGAAUUUUUAAAGAAUGCAAUUCAUUUGGAGCCUCAUAAGAAAAAUAUAGCCGCUGGAGGACUGCUCAGAAACACCCACUUUGACUACAGUCUUCCUGUAUUGCAAGCUCACAGGUCUGGGCGUUCUGAUGCACCAGUGCAGUUUCUCCGGAGACUUGACCUUUCAGAAUUAUUGGCUCACAUACCACGGCAUAAACUGAAUACUUUCCAUGUACGCAUGGAGGAUGAUGCACAGGUUGGACAGGGGGAGGACCUACGGAAAUUUAUUUUGUCCGCCCUUAGUGCCAGUCAUAGAAAUGUAGUCAACUGUGCAUUGUGUCACCGAGUGCUGCCUGUAUUUGAGCAGUUCCCACUGGUGGAUGGGACAUUAUUUCUCAGCCCUUCUAGGCAUGAUGAGAUUGACUAUGAUGUACCUUGUCAUCUUCAAGGAAGGUUAAUGCACCUGUAUGCUGUAUGUGUGGACUGUUUAGAAGGCGUUCACAAAAUCAUCUGCAUCAAAUGCAAAUCUCGAUGGGAUGGAAGCUGGCAUCAGCUUGGAACGAUGUACACUUAUGAUAUAUUGGCAGCUUCCCCAUGCUGUCAGGCCAGACUGAAUUGCAAGCACUGUGGAAAGCCUGUCAUUGAUGUACGCAUUGGAAUGCAGUAUUUUUCGGAGUACAGCAACGUUCAACAGUGUCCACACUGUGGGAAUUUAGACUACCAUUUUGUGAAGCCAUUCUCCUCAUACAAAGUACUAGAGGCUUAUUGACAAAAGCUUUGUCUUAGUAAUAGCCAUUUUAUAGGUAUUACUACUUUGUUACAAAUCUUUUCUAGGAAAUAUUCUGUGAAAACAAACUUCUUUUCUAAUUAUAAAAAAAAAAAAAGUUGCAGCUUUUUUUUCCCCUUUGUAUUGUGUUACAAAAACUUUGUAAAUAGUAUUUAGAUUUCUCCCGAUGGCUGGGGGAAUGUAAAAUGGAAAUUUGACGGGUGAAUGUAAAUUUAUGCCAGCAAAGUGUAUUUUUUCUUUCCUGUUGAAAGUGAACCUAUGCUUCUAGAAAUAGAAGAACUGUCAUAACGGACUUUUUUAUUGGUAUAAGUUCCAGGGUGGUAAUCUUAACCUAGAUUGUCAAUGAUCCACUACAAGUAUGUAGUUGAUGAAGUUGGGAAUGCAUAUUUGUUGCAGGUCAGUGAAUCACUGCUUAGUAUAGCAAGGAUGACGAGGAUGGCCUUGGUGCUUACACCCUUAAAAACAAGUCGGCAAUGGCAUCUUCCAUAUUUCUAUGGUGAUGGCUUCCCUUUAUGGGUUUGAUAAUAGUUAUCUAAUUUCUGUUUAAUAGAAAAUAACCUUCGUGACUAAGCACUUAAAAUAAAUCACUUUUCACCAAAGUAAACUUGGCCAUUUUUAAAAAUAAAUUUGAUAUUUAAAGCGGUUUGCUUUUUUUUAACUAGCCUUUUUCCUAUUGAAAAAAUAGGAGCAACGUUUGAUGCCAGUUUUAUAUGUUUGGAUUUGCAUAUAAUAUAAAAGUGAUGAUGAAUAUGAAUAAUUUUCUUUCCCAAAGCACUUCAGAUGGUCAAUCUAAGAUAUUGAUCAUUCAUUUUCUUUAUGGACAUUUCACAUAACUAUUCUUCAUUAACAUUUUAACUUUUUUGUGUUUGUGGUACUAUCCUGUUUGUUUUUCUGAAGAGCACUGAUUUUUUUUUUUCUAUUGGGUGCUGUAUUUAUUUGAAUAAAUAAUAAAAAUGUCCUACAAAUGUAAAGAUGAGUCGCCAAAAUUCUAAACGUAGGUUUGAUAUGGAUUUGUAUUUUUAGAGGGGCAUUACUGACACAAUUUAUUUAGUUUUUUUGUUUUUUUUUAAGGAAAGGGCACAUUUAGAAGUAUUAGUACUCUUCCAAUGACAUACAGUAUAGAGAUUAAAAAUAUGCAAAAAGUAGCAAAUGUUUAGUGUGAUUAGUAAGGCAAAGUGCAGUAACCAGUGGGUUACUGAGUGUUUUUGUUUUUAAUUUCACAUUUUUAAACAAUAAAAUUCUCACGUGGCUGCUGCACUCUGCACUUUACUAUUUUGUACCGACUUAUUUAUUAAGUGUGUGUUAUGUGGCCAUCUUCAUUGCACAAAUAAAGACAAUCUGAAACA